CUUAUAUUUAUGAGAUAGGAUGAGAUCCAUCAUUUACGAUGGCCUCACUGAAGGAGAAGCUCUGGAUAACCCUGGAGGAUUUGAGGGAGGAGGAAUUCAAGAAGAUGAAAUGGCUCCUCCAGCAGGCAGACAUCAUGCACACAGUUGUCCCACAUCUUCAGGUCUACCCAGCUAUCCCUGUGAGCCGUCUGGAGAGGGCAGACAGGCAGGACACAGUUGUUCAGAUGGUUCAGAUCUAUGGCCCUCAUGGAGCCUUGGAGGUGACCCGGAAGGUUUUAACGAAGAUCAACAGAAAUGAUCUAGUGCAACUAUUACCAAACAUCCCCUCACAAAAUGUAGAUGUAUGUGAUGCUGCGACUUCAGAAAAAAGAGAGGAGUCCUCGAUUUAUAUGCCUCCUCAAGUUGUCACUGCAGACAGUCAGACUGAAGAUUUGAUGGUGCCAGUACCAAAGCCCCCACAGCCAAUCACAUCAUACCAAAAAAUGCUCCAAUCUAAUCUACAGAACCGGUUUAUAUGUGUACAAGAAGGACAGUCAUAUAUGGAAGAUAAAAAUCUUCUGGAUGACAUCUAUACAGAGCUCUACAUUACAGACGGAGGUGACAUGCAACUAAACAGACAACAUGAGGUCAUGCAGAUUGAGAAGGCAUCAAGAAAACUAGCAAGAACAGAGGUAUCAAUCAAACACAGCGACAUAUUCAAACACCCCUCUGGAAAAUACAGACCCAUAAGGACCGUGUUGACCAAUGGGAUUGCAGGAAUUGGGAAAACAUUUCUUGUGCAGAAGUUCAUCCUCGACUGGGCUGAAGGAAAAGCCAAUCAAGAUGUGCAUCUGAUAUUCCCCUUUACCUUCCGCCAGUUAAAUUUACUGAAGGGAAAAAGGUUUCAUCUUGCCAGACUAAUUCGCAAAUGUAUCAAUGAAACCAAAGACAUCAGAGAAGAGGCUUUUAAUUACAUUUUCACAGCACUACAGAUGUCAGGAAACACCAACUAUGACAAGAGUAAAUUCAAACUUCUGUUUGUGUUGGAUGGACUUGAUGAGAACCGUCUUCACCUGGACUUCAGUGCCAAAGAAAAAAACACUAUUGAUGUGACAAAGUCAACUUCAGUCGAAGGACUCUUGAUGAACCUAAUUAAAGGGACUCUGCUUCCCUCUGCUCGCCUCUGGAUAACUACACGACCUGCAGCAGCCAAUCAGAUCUCUCCUGAGUUUGUUGACAUGAUAUCAGAGGUGAGAGGGUUCACUGACCCACAGAAGGAGGAGUACUUCAGGAGAAGAUUCAAAGAGGAGGAGAAGGCCAGCAGGAUCAUCUCCCACAUCAAGGCAUCACAAAGCGUCCACAUCAUGUGCCACAUCCCAGUCUUCUGCUGGAUCACUGCGACAGUUCUGGAGGAUGUGUUGAAAACCAGUGAGAGGGGAGAGCUGCCCACGACUCUGACUGAGAUGUACACAGAAUUCCUGAUGUUUCAGAUCACACAGACCAAAGAGAAGUACGGCACAAAAAAGAGCAUUCAGUAUGUUCUGUCGCUUGCACAACUGGCUUUUUACCAGCUGGAGAAAGGAAACCUGAUCUUCUAUGAGCAAGACCUAAAAGAGAGUGGAAUUCAUCUCAAUGAAGCAUCUGUGUACUCUGGGGUGUUUACACAGAUCUUUAAAAAGGAGCGCUGUAGGAAGAAGGACAAGGCAAAGGGCAAAAUGUUUAGUUUUAUCCAUCUGAGCAUUCAAGAGUUUCUGGCUGCUUUUUUUGUGGAGCUGUCGCGAAUUCAUAGCAACAAGAAUGUGAUGGCCCAACCAACUUCCAAAAGUCUCAGGAUGCCCUCCAGCAAAACAUCUGCAGCAGAGGUCCACAGGAUUGCUAUUGACAAGGCCUUAGAGAGUCCAGAUGGACACCUCGACCUGUUUCUCCGUUUCCUGUUGGGACUUUCACUGCAGGCCAAUCAAGAUCUGCUUGCAGACCUACUCAAACAGAAAAGAAUAAGCUCAAACAGCAAUCAGGAAACUAUCGAUUACAUUAAGGAGAAGAUCAGGACGAAUCACACUGAAGAGAGAAACAUCAACCUGUUUCACUGUCUAAAUGAGCUGAAUGAUCAUUCUCUAGUGGAGGAGAUCCAAACGUACCUGAAUUUGGGAAGUAUUGCCAAAAUAUAUCUCUCUCCUGCUCACUGGUCAGCUUUGGUGUUCAUCUUGCAGUCUUCUGGAAAACAUUAUGACGUGUUCGACUUAAACAAAUACGGCGGCUCGGACGAGGGCCUUCUCCGACUACUGCCAGUGUUUCAAGACUCCAGUUCAUACCUGUUGAGUGGCUGCAGUCUCCAUGAGGGAGUCGGUGGUGUUCUGGCCCGAGUUCUUUCUUCCCAACCAUCUCAUCUGAGAGAGCUGGACGUGAGCAGCAACUACCCUGGAGAUGAAGGAGUAACACAGCUCUCUACUGGACUCCAGAGUCCCAAUUGUAGACUGGAAUUGCUCAGGUUGAGCGACUGUAACCUCUCAGAAGCAAACUGUGAAGCUCUGGCCUCAGCUCUCAGCUCAGAGACCACUCAUCUGCGAGAGCUGGACCUGAGUAACAACCAUCUGCAGGACACAGGGGUGACGCUGCUCAGCACUGGACUUGCGAGCCCACACUGUACACUGGAAUCUCUAAGGCUGAAUUUGUGCAGUCUAUCAUGGAUAAGUUGUGAAGCACUGGCCUCAGUUCUCAGCUCCCAGUCAUCUCGUCUGAAAAAGCUAGACCUGAGUAACAACGACCUGCAGGAUUCAGGAGUGAACGUGCUCUCUGGGGGACUAGCAAGUCCACAAUGUCAACUGGAAACCCUCAGGUUGUCAGGUUGUCUGGUCACAGAAGAGGGCAGUGCUUCUCUUGCCUCAGCUCUGAGCUCCAACCCCAGCCAUCUGAGAGAGCUGGACUUGCGCUACAACAAUCCAGGUGACUCCGGAGUGAAGGUACUUUCUGCUGGACUGGAGGAUCUAAACUGGAGACUGGACACUCUCAGGCUGUACCCUUGUGGAGCGCACUGGUUGAAAUCUGGUCUGAAGAAGUAUGCCUGUGAACUCACACAUGACCCAAACACAGCACACAGAGACCUCAUUCUGUCUGAUGAAAACACAAAAGUGACACGGGGCAGAGAAAAGGAGCCAGAUUCAUAUCACCCUGAGAAAUUUGAUGCCUGUUUUCAGCUACUGUGUACAGAGGGUCUGACUGAUCGGUGUUACUGGGAAGUAGAGUGGGAUAGAUGGUGUGAUGUUGCAGUGACUUACAGAGGAAUCAGCAGGAGAGGGGAAGGUGAUGACAGCCACCUUGGAUGGAAUGAAAAGUCCUGGAAUUUACAUUGCACUGAUGAUGGGUACGAUAUUUACCACAAUAAAAAUGGAAUGGAGAUAUAUCUACACCCUCUUGAUAGUACCAGAGUGGCAGUGUAUCUGGACUGGCCUGCUGGCACUCUGUCCUUCUACAGAGUCUCCGAUGGCCCACUGGAUCACCUCCACACCUACUACUGCAGAUUCACUGAACCCCUCUAUCCUGCGUUUGGGUUGUGUUUGCCUAAUGCCUCAGUCAGUGUGAUUACAGGCAUUUAAGUAACCUGGUAAUGCUGAAAAACAAAAACUUUGUCAGAUAAAGAGCUGUCAUCUUUUUGAAGGAACACUGGAACAAACACUUCUGAAUAAAGGUACUGCAGCUGCUUGAAGGGACAGUUGAGCAUUUUGAAAAAAAAGCCUUUUCACAGAAAGUUAAAUGACAAGAUUGAUAACUGUCUCCAAGCCUGUACAGAAUAAACAACCCUGAUUUCCAAAAAAGGUGGGAAGUUCUGAAUUUGAUGCCUGCAACAUGCACCAAACAAAUUGUGAGUGGGUCAUGUUUACUAUUUUGUAACAUCACUUUUUCUUUUAACAAAACAACUUCAGAAUGUGGAGAAUGAGGCUUGGCAUUGUCCUGCUGAAAUAAGCAGCGUCUGGAUGGCAGCAAAUGUUGCUCAAAAACCUUUCAGCAUUCAUGGUGUCUUCACAGAUGUGCAAGUUACCAAUGAUGUCAUGGGCACCCAUACCAACACAGAUGUUGGCUUUUUAACUUUGUGGUGAUAACAAUUGUUAGAAAUACUCUGUUAUUCUGUCUCUGUUUUCUGUCUCUGUGCAUAGGGAUCACUAUCUGAUUGACUAGGUCACUAUCUAUGCAUGCAAGUCACUAACUGUGUUAAUCAUGUUAGAUGCUUUUGAUACAAUGACCAUGUGCUAAUAUUGGUUUAAAACUAUGAUUACUCUAGAUACAUCAAAACUAAAUACAUUUAUUCCAACUGCUUGAUCUUAGUAAGAUUCUAUCAUCACAAGAAGAUAUAUUAUAUAUGGACAUUGCAA